GACCCGUCCCGUCAAGCCUCGUCCCAAACCCCCCUUUUGCCCUCUGCCGAUGGAGCCCCCGAGGAGCGAGCGAGCGACGGGGGAGAGUCCGACGCUGAAGAGAUCGCUCCGGACUCGGGCGCCGCCGCGGAGUGUUCUCCGAGACCCCCAGUCCCCAAGCGCCGCCUCCGCAAAUCCCCAACCUGAGGAAGGAUUUCUUCGUCGUGUUCGUUUUCGGCUGGAUCAAUAGGGGACGCUGAUCUGGGGGCCUGAAACGCUUCUAGUCUCCAUUGUCUUUGUCGAUAUGGGAGCAUUUUCGUCUAUGAUUAAAAUUUUGGUUAAAAAUUACUCUAUGAUUUUGCCGGAUGUAGUUUCAGCGUAUGAGAGUUACUUUUAUGAGUUAAAGAGAUAUAGUUUUAAUAUUAAGAGUUAACUUUCCAUAUUUUUUAAUGUAAUUGUGGAUGUUAAAAAUUACUUUUGGAUUUUUAGAUGUAAAUGUGAAUGUUAAAAGUUACUUUUAGUCUUUAGAUCCUAUAUUAUAACAGAUAUGGAUGUACUCCCUCUGUUCCAUAAUUCUUGUCUCAAAUUUGUUCAAAAAUAGAUGUGUUUAUUCCUAAAAAAUGUCUAGAUACAUGUAAGAUUUUGACAAGAAUUAUGAAAGGGAGCGAGUAAUUUUUUAUUAUGAAAUUACAUCUAAUAGAUCUAUAGUUACUUUUGAUAUCAAAUAAAUAAGUGAAACUCUGAUUUCGUUGUCUAAUCAACAUUUAAGUGCAUCGUGUAAAAUACUAUGUUUAUAAAGGUUUUAGAUUAUCCUAAUCUGCUCGGACGUCUUAGAACUUUCCAAUCUUUAACAUCAUUCUGUUAAGCACUCAUUUUUCUUGUGAAAACAUUGGUACGUUUCUACACGUGCAAAAAUAUUAGAUUUCAGUUGUACUUAAUGCUUAGAAGUAAUAAUUAUCAAGUUUUCAGAGCCAAAUUGUUAUCUCUGUUAUAGCUUAGAUCUUGUUCAAGUAGGAUUACAGCUUAUGUAGUUAUGUGAAGCACUCGGUAGACAAUUUCAUCUUGAUGUAGUUAUGCCUGUACUGAAAUGUACUUUUGCUCCCUGCCCUUGCAUAGUAUUCUUCUGCCAUAAUUGUGGGCUUUGUCCCAUGUUUAGUACAUUAAUCAGUCUGUAAUUUCCAGUUCAGAUGAUUUCCGUCUUGUUCAAUUGUUGCUGCUCCUAUUUUCUAUUGUUCCUACCUUAUUUAUAGGGUGGAUGAGAGGACUUUUGCAUCUACAGAGAUUACUCAAAGCACAUGAUUUUUUGUCGCAAUAGCAAGUGGUCGAACACACCAAGUUUUUCCGAGUUGAAGUGUUUGUUUUUGUAGUCUCAUGUGGAACAACAGAUACACUUGUUCCAUUGAAGCUAACAUAUCACUACUUUUCUUCAGAAAGAUUCUUCCAAUGUAAUUCUGUUGUAUUCGAUGAAUAUGGAUCUUCUAGGUUUGUUUCAUGUUUUAGAUUUCUACCAGCAUAAAACAAGUUGCAUCAUGUUUGGGGACAGAUCUGGGGGACUAACCUACAUGUUCAAAGAUAUAAGGAAGAUGGUGAAGUUUUAAUGCAACAGCUAACCUACAUGUUCAAAGAUAUAAGGAAGAUAUGGUGUAGUUUUAAUGCAACAGAGAAAAGACGUGUUCUUCAGGGGUUUUUUUUUCAGCUUUGAUUUCUGAGAGUUUUUGGUAGAAGUAAUUUUGCAGCAGAUCAGUGCAAGCCUAGUACACGGAUUUACUCUACAGAAAAAGACAAAGCGACGCUGGACGUGGGAGCUACCAGACGUGGAAACCUCCGUGUGGGAGCUGCCCACCAUGGAACCGGCAAUCAUGAAGCUGUCUGAAAGUGAGCACCGCCUAAGACCAGGGAGUGCGCGCGCACUCCUUAGACGGCCCCUUUCCCAAAUCUCCGAAACCUGCCGAAAUGGUACCAAGUCUGCUACAGAUAGCAGCAUGGUCAACAUGGAAACAGAAACGGGUGUUGGCAAUGUUGAGGUUGUUCAGCAAAUUCAAAUGCAGGACGAGGCUUCAACUAGACGAAGCAGCCGCCCGCCUAAAUCAAGACUUGUCAAGUAUUCCUGUACAGAAAGCAAGGGUUCAGGGAAAAGUGGCGCGCUGGGAGACAAUGAAGAUGCCACUGGAUCAAGGAUAAUGCAAUCACCGAUCAACUUAUUUAUAGAUGAAUGUGUUUUCUGCCAUUCAUUCAGAAAAAGUGAGUUUCAUGGUCCGAUGGUGCAAUAUUUAAAGGGAAGGGUAGUGUCCAGUAACAAGGGCAACCCAACAAAUGCCAUAUAUGUCCAUGAGAAAUGCAUAAAGUGGGCCCCAAGAGUGCGUUUCAAUGGUGAUACUGUUCUUAACAUGAAGAAGGAAAUCAGGCGUGCUUCAGGGUUGAAAUGCAGCAGAUGCAGUCUCCCGGGAGCAGCCCUUGGUUGUUGCAUUGAUAAAUGCGCCAAAACCUAUCAUGUCCCGUGUGCACUGAUGAUACCUGAAUGCCGCUGGGAUCCUGAUAAUCGUAAUGUUUGGUGCCCCGACCAUGCAUCGUCUGAGGCACUGCCAUGUGAUGCGAUGCCAAUAUUGGAAAGUGACAUUUCUUCUUCCGACCAUCACAACCAAGAAUUAGAUAUUCAAGGAACUUCUGUCAUUCAUAACAGGGAAGAUGACCAAGUAGAUCAGCUGAACACCUCAAGUUCUUCCUUGCCUCAGCGACAAUUUUCCAACAAAGACGGGAUUUCUGCCGGUUACCAUAGAGAAGAAAAAGAAAUAAACAAGCCUAGCACCUUAAGAAGUUGCCCUUCGGAUCAAUGGGUUUUGCUUGGUGCAGUUUUAAGUGAAUCAGAGAAGGAUUCCUUGAAGGAAUUUGCAUCACUGACUAAUGCAACCGUGGUUGAUAAAUGGGAGAAAAAUGUGACUCAUGUUAUUGUUGGAAGAUAUGGUGAUGCUGAAUGUAGAAGAUCGUAUGAGGUCCUGAUGGCGAUAUUGUCUGGGAAAUGGGUUGUCAAAGCUGGAUGGAUUGAGGAUUGCCUGGGGGAGCUGAUUCUAGGUCAAGAAACUUGUUUGUCGGUGCAAAUUCCAGUCUCAGAAAUUUCUUACGAGGUAAAAUUCCUCUAUGGUUCUCGCACAUCAAUCGAUGGACCAACCAAAGGAAGGGCCAGAGCAGCUGAAGAGGGACCGAAACUGUUCGCCGGGCUGUAUUUUUGCCUCAGCGCAUACUUGGACUCUCAAGACAGGGAAAACAUCCAAGAUCUCAUAGCAGCUGCCGACGGGCAGGUACUCGAGGGAAGCAAUUACGUGCACCUGUCGCGUAAGGAUUUGGACAGAAAUUCAGUGAAGCUAUACUUCAUCUACAAUGGCGAGUCUCCGAAAAAGUUCACUUCAAGCUUUCUUCUUGAUCUUCAAAAGGAGAUGGAGGAGUGCAUCCAGUACAGGGACUCUGGGGCGCAGGUGAUCAGCAACUUGAUGCUGUUCGACGCUAUCGCGUCCUAUAACACGCAGAUCCUGGAACCUGCAGAUCACUUGGCUUCGGAUAUGAGUGAGUGAUUGCUGCGCUGUACCCAUAGCUUUUUGCUUGUGCUAGGAGUUUGGUGGUGAUGGAUUGAGUGUUUGGGUGUAAACUUUGUUGUAAUUUUGGUGCUGGAUUGCUGGUCUAGCAGCGCAAAGAGACUUGGUGUUGGACGCUUGUUUAGCGAUCUGAAGGCGCCGCCUCUUGCAAGACAUUUUCAUUUUGCAAUGACAGUAACCCUGUUCAGGAACAUCAUAUAUAUAGCUUUGGCAUGGUAAUCUCUCUUUC